AUGGAGGGGUUCGGCUCCUAGCGGGGCUUCUCCCGGAGCGGGCGGCGUUCCCGUGCGGGGGGUGGCGGCAUCCCUGCUUCGUGUGCGGGCUGGGCCGGGCAUCCCGGAACCGGCGGGACCCCCAGGACGGUCGGUGCGGAGGGAGGCGGAGGGCAGCCCCUAGAGCAGCUUCCCGCAGCAUCCUCCGUGCUUUUGGGUUCGGCUCACGCACCGAUGCUCCGUGCUCAGCCCGUGUCCUUACCCCGCCGGUGCUCCGCCCGUCCCCUCCGCUCCGUACCUGUCGCUCCUUCCUGCGUCUCCGGAAAGCUGAGGCCGGGCGGUGGCAGCUCGCACUGCGGGGUCGGCCCCGAUGACCGGGAGAUCCGGGGCAGCCGAGCGGCGGUUCGUGCGCUGGGCCCGAGCUCCGCGUUGCGCUGCGAUGGGGCACGGCACCGCGCUGAGCUCGGCCGGGCGCUGCCGUGUCUCAGCCUGCCCGUAACGGGAGCCUCCACGGUAAGCCGCUGACCUUUGCAGGAGCUGGCGGUGUCGCUCCCGCUCCUGCCCGCACACGCAGGAGGGCAGCGCUCUUCUGCUUCUCGGAGCAUCUCAGUAAUUCAUGCGUUACACGUGCACGGCCUUGCGGGCCGGGCCACGCCGUGCAUCUGUUAAUUGCUUUUUAAAGUGGGGAUGCAGCAGUAGCAAACAAGAUCCCUUCCCUUUUACCAAACAGUGGGGUAAUGUGCGAGAUUUAAAAUGAGCUGCUGUCAAAUCAGGGCUAUCACAGCUGUGCAGGUCGGUGCCCUGAGGCACGCUGCCCCAUUAAACCCUCUGUGCUUUGCAGGGAUGGGGACCAGGCACUUUUUCCCUGCAACCUGAUUGAGUAACUUGGUCCUGUUUGGUUGAGAAAUUCGUAAAGGUUAUUGCUUUUUAAUGUGAAUUCUGGUGAUUAUUUGAUACAAGAGCAGUAAACAAACAGCCCUGUAUUUACUGUGCUGCUUUUGGGCCGUGUAGCAGUGUUUUGCAAUUGGGAGUGUUGUGAAACUGGUUUUGAGUUGGCUUGGAAAUGCCAUGUGACUGCGUGGCUGAAUCUGCCAGCAAGCUCUGUGGCUAAUUCUCUUGUUUCUUUGGUGAUGUGGAAAAGUAUGACCCACCCAAGCCUUUCCCUCCCAUGCGGGUGGCUGCACCUCGGCUGUGUUCUGUGCAGUGGGCAGCAUGGGCCUGGAGCAAAGGUUGUUAAGAAAGUGUAACUAUUAUCCUAUUGCACUGGGGAACUUUGUCAUCUACAUUGUAACCCCCUAGUGGGUAAAAGAAAAACAAACUUCUGCUUCAACGUGAUAAUUAUUUCUAGUGCAGGCAAAAGCUUCAGAGCCACACAUCUGCCUCUGUGCAGUUGCCACCACUGUUUGCUGGAUUUAAGUGUAUGUGUGGAGAUUAGAGGAAGGAGCAAGAGAGGGGAGGCAGUCACAACAGAGGAGUUGCACUAUGGAGCUUUCCAGGGAAAGCAGAGGAGUCACGAAUUGCCACAAGUUGCCUGCAUUUUGCCCACUCAAAAACAGCAGAUGUGGAUGGGUUGAGAGCUGGAAUGUUGCUCUGUGAGUUUGGUCAUUUUUUCUUUGCUGGAAUUGAGCCUUUCCUUGCAUUUAUCAGAAGGGGAACAAGCUGCCUUAUCUUGCUUGCAAAAUCCUGCUCACCUGACCAUUGACCGUUGAGUCUGCAGCCACAGGAGGAGAGAGAUCUGCAAUUGGGGCUGUGAGGAAGAUGAGUUUCCAGCUGCUUUUGCCAGUCCAUCUUUUGUAAAGCUCCUCUGUUGCUCAGUGUUCCUGAGCCUGCCUCCCCUCUCCCAAGAUGCUGAGAAGAGUCCUGUGUACCAUGUUGCUCAUGGGAGCCUUGCCAUCGCUGGCUGAGGAGUCUCAGGGCCACAUCUCCGUGGUCUUGCUGGGAGCCACAGGGGAUUUAGCCAAGAAGUAUUUGUGGCAGGGUCUGUUCCAGCUCUACAUAGAUCAAGUGAGCAGUGGCCACAGCUUCACCUUCCAUGGGGCUGCGCUGACAGAUCUGGAGCCGGGGCAGAAGCUGAUGUUUGAUGUGCUGAAGAAGCUCACCUGUCCCCCAGAUGAAUCUCCCAACAGGUGUGCUGUGCUCAAGGACCAAUUCCUGAAGCUGAGCCAAUACCACCAGCUGAAAACUGCCGAAAACUACACUGCACUGAACAGAGAGAUUGAGUUGCUGCUUCACCAGGAGGGGCUGAAGGAGGCCGGAAGGAUCUUCUACUUCUCAGUACCACCAUUUGCCUACACAGAGAUUGCCCGCCACAUCAACAUCAGCUGCAGGCCGCCUCCAGGUGCCUGGCUGCGUGUGGUGCUGGAGAAACCUUUUGGCCAUGACCUGGAAUCAGCCCAGCAGAUGGCUGCAGAGCUGACGAGCUUCUUCAGGGAGGAGGAAAUGUACCGGGUGGACCAUUACCUUGGCAAACAGGCUGUAGCUCAUAUCUUGCCUUUUCGAGAUCAGAACCGCCAGUUUCUGGAUCCAAUUUGGAACCGACAUCAUGUGGAGAGAGUGGAGAUCGUCUUGAAGGAGGUUGUGGAUGCUAAAGGCCGCACCAGUUUCUAUGAGCAGUAUGGCGUCAUCCGGGAUGUGCUGCAGAACCACCUCACUGAGGCCCUGAUGUUCCUGACCAUGGAGCUCCCAGGCAACCUGAGCAAGGCUGAAGAAGUCUUGCAGUACAAGCUGCAGGCCCUGCAGUCCUUGCGAGGCCUGGAGAAACAGAGUGUUGUGCUGGGUCAGUAUCAGGCGUAUGCCAGCCAUGUACAGGAGGAGCUGCAGAAGGGGCAGAACUAUGUCAGCACAACACCAACCUUUGCAGGUGUGCUUGUCCACAGUGACAGCCUGCGUUGGGAAGGGGUUCCUUUCCUCCUUACUUCUGGAAAAGCUCUGGAUGAACGGGUAGGUUAUGUCCGAGUUCUCUUCAAGAACCGGGCCUACUGCACACAGAGUGAGGCUUUGAGGGAUGCAGGGCACAGCCAGUGUAAACCCAAGCAGAUUGUGUUCUACAUUGGACAUGGUGUGCUCAACACCCCAGCAGUGCUGGUGAGCAGGAACCUUUUCAGGCCCAUCAUGCCAAAAAGCAGUUGGAGAGAAGUUGUAGGGCAGCCUGACCUGCACAUCUUUGGACAGCUACUGUCUGAUUACUACGUGUACAGACCUGUGAAAGAGAGAGAUGCGUAUUCUGUCCUCAUCUCCAACAUCUACCAUGGCAGGAAAGACUUCUUCAUAACCACUGAGAACUUGCUGGCCUCCUGGGCAUUCUGGACACCGUUGCUGAACAGCAUUUCCCACCAGGCCCCGCGUCUCUACCCUGGUGGAGUGGAGAACCAGCAGUUCUUAGACUUUGAAAUGGUGAGUGGGGAACUGACCUUCACAGUGGCAGAGCCAGUGGAAUUGCUGAACCCCAGUGGGCCGAUGCCAAGUGAUUACAAGACGAUCCAGUCCAAAUUUCGAAAAAGCCCCUUGGUCUCAGCAUGGUCCGAGGCGUUGAUUUCCCAGCUGGCUUCUGAUGUCGAGAAGGCAGCAAGCAGAGCCGUGGCACGCUCUGGGCAAUUCCACCUGGCCCUCUCGGGCGGCUCAAGCCCGGUGGCCCUAUUCCAACGGCUGGCAAGGCACCAUUAUGACUUCCCGUGGAGGCACACCCACCUCUGGCUGGUGGAUGAGCGUUGCGUCCCACUCACCGACCCAGAGUCCAACUUCUUCAGCUUGCACAACCACCUCCUGCAGAACAUCAGAGUUCCCUACUUCAAUGUCCACCCCAUGCCCGUGCACCUGCACCAGCGGCUCUGUGUGGAAGAGGAUGGAGGCACAGAGCUGUACGCCAAGGAGAUUGUAGCCCUGGUGGCCAAUGCCAGCUUUGACCUGGUGCUGCUGGGGGUGGGCACUGAUGGCCAUACUGCCUCGCUGUUCCCCCACUCUGAAAAUGGUUUGGAAGGGGCUCAGGCUGUGGUACUGACGGAGAGCCCUGUCAAACCUCACCAGAGGAUGAGCCUCAGUCUGCCCCUUAUCAACAAGGCCCAACAGGUGUUUGUCCUAGUUAUGGGGAAGGGCAAACAUGACAUCACCACGCAGAUCAGCAGGGUGGGCCAUGAGCCAAGAAAAUGGCCUAUCUCAGGUGUCAGCCCCAGCUCAGGACAGCUGGUGUGGUACGUGGAUUAUGAAGCUCUGCUUGGAUGAUGUUCCUAGUGUCCCUUCUCCAUGGUUGUCCUGGCUCUUACAGCCUGGAUUUUCCUACACAGUGCCCAUGUUUUUCUGUUGCCAGCAGCAGUUUCUGACAGAGUGCUGUCACCUUCUGGGAAAUUGGUGGCCUGCAGUGCCUGUGGCAUUUGAGCUCAGCUCAGUGUGCAGAGCUAAGCAAGAGCCAAGAGCCCAGUGCAGCAUUGCUGGCUCUGCCAGGACUGAACCGUGACUUUGGACACAUUACCUCACCUUGAAGUGCCUCAGUUCUCUCCUCUCAGGCUUUUGGUUAUUAAUACUGAGCUACCUCGCAGACACAAUGGAGACUUAUUAAAUUAAAUACCUGCCAGAAACUUCCUUUUAUAUUCUCAGGUUUGAAGAUGGAUGUGGUAAUGACAUGUCUGUCUUCUGCUCAGCUUUGUCUGGGACACUGGUGUGGCCUCAGCAAAAUAGGUCUCACGUGCACAUGAGUUUGUUGUCUUAUUCAUGCAGCCCAUCAUGAUGUCAGCCAGCACAGACGAGGGCUGGGCUCUCCUGCAGCUUUCAUGGCAUGUGUCCCCUAAAUGCUGACACCAGUUUGUGAGCUCUCUGUAGUUCUGGGUCUUCGCCAGUUGCCAAGCAGCAGGGGCUGAGUCUAUAUGCAGUAAUUUGCUGCUUUCCUUAAGUGGGUAGCUGGUACCAUGGGGGAUGGUGAAGGAAACCACACUGCUUUUUAGGCUGUUAGAGUAAUGGGGACAGGAUGAGGAACAUGGCAGUUUGCAAAGCUGUUAUUUCCCUGUAGCACAAUAAUUAUUAAGGGAAAACCUUGGUGUUCAGAAUAGUCAUUUGUGUUUGGCCAACAAAGGAGUGGUGUUUUCCGUAUCCAUCUUCUGUGUUUGUCUCAUUCUCUAAAACAUUUUUUGUCUGUCCUCAGAAUUGAAGCUUUAAAGACCAUCCACGUGUCCCUCGUUACAUCGUGCAUUAAGGUAGUUACAUGUUUGGGGAUGGGGGUGGUGGGAUUUCAGCUCCAGGACACUGACUUAGAAUGGCAGGGAAUUUUCUGCACGCAUCCACUUUUAGUCAUGGUGUCUGAUGUUUGGGUGGUCCUGUGUGGAGCCACGAGUUAGACUUGAUGAUUCUUACGGGUUCCUUCCAACUUGGGGUAUUCUGGAUGGAGGUGACGGGGCUGGGGGUGAUGCAGGGACCCCAGUGCUGACAUGAAAUGGCACCUGGACUCCAGGAAGCAGCAGUGAGUUGUGUGGCGUGGGGCUGUGCCACCCUUCACAGCCCUGUAGCCUCCUAGGGAAAGUGGGAUCCUCAGUAGUUGCGCCUGGAAUUUGGUGACCCUUCACAGACCUGCAGUUCCACAGGAUGUGGAAGGAAGGAGACUUUGUUUGAUGCAGCUGGAUGAUAGGCAUUGGCCUCAAAUCCUUCCCUGCAUUGGGGCAUCUGCUGAAUCCGGGUAAUGAGGAUGCAAAUUAGGCUGCAAAUAAUUGCUGUGUUCUGGCAGCACACGGAACAGUUUGAAUGGCUCGUGCUCCCAGGUUCUCAAGUCCUUGCUUUUCUUUCUGCUCAUCUUAAUGCAGAAAUCAGAAUUCUUAUCCUCUGCUAAUUGUGCAGAUAAAAGAGUACUGAGCAAACUCCAGAAAGCCUGUUAAUGGUCAGCAGUGCCUAGGCAAACAGGGCCAGGGAGAAUCACAGAAUCACAGAAUUGUAGGGGUUGGAAGGGACCUCCAGAGAUCAUCGAGUCCAACCCCCCUAACAUGAGAACAUGAGCUGGCAGAAACUGUGGGCUGCAGGAAGAGGCCAAAUGCUCGGGGAAUGGCUGUGGUUUCUGGCAGCCCCCUCCCAAGCCUGCAGAUGGUGCUGAAAAAUGGCAUUUUGUGUACUGCAGCUGACUAAGCAGAGCUGAGCUGUCCCGAUGCACAUCACUUGGCUCUUGCAUGGGAAAGGAUAGGACUUCUGGUGCAGCUGUAUCAUCUGCAGAAGAAAGAUGAGUGCCUUACCUGGCCUGCUCUAACACCUGGGAUGGUUGGUUAUCCCUCUAUUCUGUGUGUGCUCAUCAGUACAUUUGCUGCUGCCUGUUUUGUGGUUUCAGCUGGCUUAACUACCAGCAGAAACACAAAAGGGUGAGAAUAAAUUGCAGGGAAAGAGAAUAGCAUAGAAAUGCAGGAGGAAGGCAAGCACUGCAGGCACCUUGGUGCAAGUGAAGUCUGGAAUCAGAGAAGUUAACUGGAACAAGUAGAUGAGUGCUAGCAAACACUGGCUCUAAAAUAUACCACAGUGGCUGAAACAGCUGUGCGGAGGAAGAUGUGUUAGGUCUGGUAUGUCCAUAAAUUUAAAUGUCAUUUUCCUUCUUUAAACAAAAGUAGCCAUGUGAACUUGAAUCUAGUUCUUGUGUGCUUGGGGUGAUGGAACAAGUUAUAAUGAAAAAUGGACCUAUGUGAGAAUAAAUAUAUUGUUACAAUGGCAGAAUCUAUUCCUGCUUUACAAAUGACUGGCAUUUGCGUUUUCUUGUUUCUGCACAUUCUUUUAUAACAUUUGGCUGGUACCUUUCAAAAUAAACACUGAUCUUUAUUUUUAGAGGGGUUUAUUUGCACUUCUAUGUAGUGUUGUCAUCACUGCCAGCCCAAGAGCAGCUGCUCUUCAGAGCUGCAGAUAGGGAUCAUUUGGGAAGGCCCCAAUGGGUCACCCUGAAAUUCAUCCUGAUCUUAUAAGAAUCCAUUAGAAACUUGUGUGUGUUUUCCUCAGUGAGCGUAGCUGCUGGGGUUGCACUGUAUAUAUAUUUUUUCCACAGACAUUCCUUAUAAGCUCUUUAAUACUAUCAUUUGCCAAAUGAGAAAUAAAUAUUUUGCAAUGUAUAACGUUUGUGACUGGCAAGAGAGACCGUGGAUGGGAAGAAGGGCAGAACCAGCAACGAAUGUGAUGGAGGAGAAUGGUAGAAAUCCGCUGGGCUGUAGGCCAAGGAGCAGCGCUAUUUUUAUUUAGUGAAAGCUAUUAAAGGGAGGCUGCACCUUCCUGAGGGAUUGUGUGUUAACCUUUCUUUGCAGAAGCAAAUCCAUGGAGUAACUGCUUAGAGUCUGUCUCUAAGUGAAUAUUGAUAACAAUUCCUUUUUUUUUAAUGACAAAUGGUUUCUUCAUUGCAUUCCUGUGAUUUGGUGGUGUGAUAUUUACUGUUUUACAGAAAACUAACACUGGAAUUCAUUUUUUCUCACUGUAACUUUUAUAACUCAAGCUGUAAAAUCUUAUUUUCCCAUGAGUAAAUUUUAUGUCUCCUUUCAUGUUGUGUCAUGAAUAGAGAUUUAUAUUUAUAAAAAAAAUAAAUAUUUUUUUAGCAUUAA